AUGGCCGAGUCGGGAGCCGUGCAAAUUUCGCAACUAUCGGUUGAACAACUCAACCAUCUGCAGAAGCAACUCGAAGAGGAACUCACUUUCUUUGCAACGUCUCUUGAAUCACUAAGAGGAUUUGCGGAAAAGGUUACACAGAGUGUUCAAGCGGUUGAUGAUUUGCAAAAGAAAGAGCGCGGUGCAGCCUCGUUGAUUCCAUUAACCGAAUCGAUGUAUAUACGUGGAGAAUUAAUGGAUCCACAAACAACGCUUGUCGAACUUGGCACUGGAUUUUAUGCUGAAGUGCCCACCACGAAAGCCAAGGACUUUUUUGAACGAAAACACCGAAAAAUUGUUGAAAAUACAGAGAAGAUUGAGAAAAUUCUAUCCGAGAAACGAUUCACUUUGUCGGCAAUCACUGAAGCUCUACAGGCAAAAAUUGCAGACCAAAUAAGCAAUCUUCCACUUAACGCUGCAAAG